AUGCCAUUACGAAUCACAUCGGCUCCGGUAUCUGGUAUCCAAAAAAGAAAGAAAUCUGCAGCUUCGAGGCCUCGCGCCUCGCCCUUCGCUGGACUCGCACGCCAGAAACCCUCCGUUCAAUCCUCGCGCUCUUCCAAACUCGACGGCCUUGAUGGCUUACACCAGGAAGAUUAUGUUCAAGAACAGCUCUCUGAUAUCGGGGUCUCCCGAUAUGUGCCACAGACGGCUGCGGUCGAGAAUGUGAUCCAAGCCAUCCGCUACAUUCGCGAUAACAUGUUCGAGGAUAUCCCUGCUCGAGCUGGGAUGAAUAGCACCCGAAUCGCUGAGGUGCUCAACCUACGCCAGUCGCUACCUCCCCUGGCCUCCGUUGCACACGUCCACACCCUGAUUGAUGCGCCUACAACUGUGGAAAAGGAGAUUGUGGAUCUGAUCAAUGCUGGUCGCAUCCGUCGGCUAAUAAUCCCUGGGAGAGGCAACGAUGCGGCAGGCCUGGGGGAUUGCUUAGUUCUGGCGGAGGAUUGGGAAAGGCUUGUGCGAGAAAGCAGUGUUUUGGACGCAUCCAUCAAAAGUAAGGACGGAUUCUCUUGGAGUCAAGACGAUGUUAGGUUUCUAAUCAGCCCGCACUCCGCAGAGAAAUUCCUCCAGGUUCUCCGCGAGAUCGGGAACAAAUCGGCCAUUUUCGCUUCGACUCUCACCCAGUUGGAGUCUAUGGCUCUUGUACGCGCCGGCUUCUUAGUAUCAUCGUCGUCGCUUGCCAAGGGUUCUUUGAGUGUUGCGUCGCUUCCUGAUCUUCCCUCUUCUUCAGCCGCCGCGUCAGCUAGUCGGAGGGACGGUACUGGCCAGUCACGCGAUUAUCAGGACGGCAAAUUGCAGUCUCCAUUCCACACAGCAAGUCUGUUCCUCUCGUUGCCCAACACUGGGCCCUAUCUUCGCCUGCUUGGUGCAGGUCGGAAACACCUGCUUUCUUUGCUCCAGAAAUCUCGUUCGAGCGAGGCUCCCGUUUAUCUCCUUCGUGACCGCUGGGAUGGUGCGAUAGAGACGGAGAAGAGUGCGGCGAAGCGUAUGAGGGGGGAAUUCGCGGGGACUCUCCCUGGAAAGACAAGAAAAUGGAAGGAGCUUUACGGCAUGAGUUUCCGUUGGGCUUUGGAGGAAGCCCAGGGAGCCGGAUUGAUCGAGUUGUUCGACACUGGCAGUGUUGGGCCUGCGGUCCGCGCGCUAUGA